AUUGUUCCUCAACUGAAGCCAGAAACAGAGCGUCCAGCAAAAAUUUUAAUGGCAAAAUGCAAACACAGACAGAAAAUACAGAUAACAUCAAAAUGUCGGGUGUCAUACUCACUCGACCGCCUAUUAGGGCUUCAAGAGAAGGUAAUCUUUCCCCGCCCCAAACUCCUGAGCUCAAGAGAACUUCGAGAGGUUCUUUUUCAGAUUCAGUGCAGAAUUUGGAAGAAUUAAGCCACAGAAAACAAGCAAAGGCUGACAUAAUAUUAGAGAAUCACAGAAUCAUAAAGCGUGAAAAGUUUGAUGCUCUACAGAAGAAGAAACUACAGACUCCUUUAAAAAUUUCUAAACCUGAAAGAAGAUAUUCACUUACAGCUAUUGUGAUAUUUGUGGCAACUUGCAUUGCUGCUGGUGGAUGGUAUAUAUUUCGGCAUUCAUCAAUUCACGUUUCGGAAAUCGAUUAUAAAGUUCUACAAGCUUUCAAAAACCAAAUGAAAGAGCUCAGGAACACCUACCCAAGUCAAGACACAAUAGUGUGGAACAGAAUCCAAAGUACUUUUGAGAAACAUCUAAAUUCUUCUCACCCUCAUUUGGAACCAGCUAUCUUAUUACUCACCGCUUCAAAAGAAGCUGAAGAUGUGUUGAAGUGUUUAAGCAACCAGAUUGCGGAUGCUUUCUCAUCUUCUCAAGGUGCACUUACAAUUAAAAUUGAUGGGGCCAGCACAAGAGCUGAAGAUAGCGAUGUUGUCAAACUUACUGUCGAUGAGAAGCUGAGCUCUGGUUUUGAGAAUGGUAACAAAGCAGCGGUAGUCCAUCGCUUUGACUCAUUACCCGCAGGUUCCACCCUGAUUUUCUACAAGUACUGUGACCAUGAAAAUGCAGCAUUUAAAGAUGUGGCUUUACUAUUGACCGUUCUUCUGGAUGGGGAGUCCCUGAAUAAGAGCUUUUCCUUGUUGGAAGUUGAGGAGAGAGUGAAAGAUUUCCUCUGGGCUAAAUUUACUAACACGGACGCACCAAAGUCUUAUAAUUACAUGGAUACAGAUAAGUUGAGUGGUUUGUGGAGUCGCAUAGCCCACCUAGUCUUACCUAUAUGGCCAGAAAAUUUCCUCCCUCAGGAGAAAUGCUUGCAGAUGAAAUAGCCUAAGGUAAGGGAGCAAGAAGAAAAUACAACACAACACAAAUGCAACACAACAUGUAUAAGUCUGUUAAUGUUUAUAUAAUGAGAAAAUUGCAAUUUACUAAUCAGAAUUACUGAAGUUAUAGGUCAUUCAAUAUCAAUAAAAGUUCUCCUUUAUAAGGAAGCUGGCAAUUUAUAAGAACUUUUAGACCUUUAACACAAUUCUAGUGAUUUAUUGGAAAUCAAGAUUCUAUACUAAGGGGAAAAUAUCUUAUUGCUCGGGCCCACCCAACUUUGUGUAAUAUGAUUUUUUUAAAGUAUCAAAAUCCUUUUGGAAAGUACUGUGAAUGUGGGCAACAAGGUAAGGAAUUGUAGUACUAGAUUCUAUCUUUCUGCUUGAAGUUGAAUGGACUGCAAAGUUGAAGUUGAGACCAGGUGUUUUUAUAGCCUAAGAAUAAUUCUGUCUUACUCCAUUUCCCAAAACUGCAUUUUUUUAAAAAACUUGUAACUGCCUGUGUCAAUUCAAUGAUACACUGUUUUUCUCCUUUGAAAAUGGCCUGUAGCUAUGUAAUGCAGUAUGUAUGUUUUCAAAUAAUUAUAAUUGCAUCAAUCCAAAAACACAAGCCUCUUCAGUUUGUUCAGUUAGACUAUCACUAUUAGACAAUCAAAGACUUCCUUCAGAUUUAUGAGAAAUUUAUGAGAUUAAUGAGAAACAGCAAAAGGAAAUACAAUCAGGAUCAAGAAAGAAAAAUAGAUGCAUUAUAUCUUAGCAAUUAUAAAGGAAAUCAAAUAUGAUAUACUUUAUAAACACUUUAUUACAAUUACACCCCGUUUAUCUAACACUGGUAAAAGUGAGGGCUCCUUGGUGUUAACAUCAGUGCUACUGAUGAUGUUACCUAGUUAAGAUAAUGAAACAUCUGCAAGAAAACAAGGAAGCUCAGAGAGCACCAAGGAC